UGCCGCGGUUGUUGUAUUAUUAUUGGGCAGCACAUCUUUCGCAGCAUCCAACUCUAGGGGAAGCUAAUCUCGGUCAGCCAGCCCAUUGCUUCCACAUUUGUGAGUCUACUGCGCAUCUGACCCGAGAGACUUCUCCACACAACCGACACAGGCUCAACCAAACACCCAGCUUCCAAACCAACAAAAGGAGUUCACAAGCAGGAAGUGGUUGAAAGUGUGCCGAGAGGAGCAGACUAAGCAGAACCUCUUCUCUGCAGCCAUGUCAAACGAACGCACGCCCCUGAUCACCUCAGGGGUGUGCGGUCUGAAUGUGACUGCAGCGGUAUGUGGCACGGAUACGGACCCCACCCAAGAAUCCAGCCCCGGGACGCCAAAUCAGAAUCCUCGAAAAUUGAACACGUUUUUCGGUGUUAUGGUGCCAACCGUCCUCUCAAUGUUCAGCAUUGUGCUAUUUCUGAGAACAGGGUUUGUGGUUGGUCAUGCGGGCCUGUUGCAGGCUCUUUUGAUGGUGGUUGUAGCCUACACCAUCAUAUCUCUUACGAUACUGUCCAUCUGUGCUAUUUCCACCAAUGGUGCGAUACAGGGCGGUGGAGCGUAUUACAUGAUAAGCCGGUCUCUGGGACCCGAGUUUGGAGGAAGUAUUGGUUUAAUGUUCUUUCUAGCAAAAAUCUUUGCAUGUGGAGGCUAUGUUCUAGGUCUCGUAGAAGCCAUACUUGAUGUAUUUGGUGCAGAUCCCGACUCCUCUGUGUCCACGGGCGUGCGGGUGCUUCCCCAGGGUUACUGGUACACAGUGUUGUAUUCUUCAGUAAUCCUUCUGCUGUGUCUGCUUGUGUGUCUGGUGGGCGCCCACAUCUACUCCCGCACCGCCUUCGUCAUCCUGCUGGUGGUCACUGUAUCGCUGCUGUCCGUCUUCAUCAGUUCUGUAGCAGUCAAACCUCAAGAAUUCAACAUUACCCACCACGGACAUGGCAACCAGACCCUCCAUUACAACGCCAGCUACACGGGUUUCAGCGCCACCACACUGAAGAACAACCUGGGCCCUGGUUACUCAUUGGACUACAGCACCAACUCUGUCAUGUCUUUUGCCACCGUGUUUGCUGUCAUGUUCACCAGCUGCACAGGAAUCAUGGCUGGAGCCAACAUGUCAGGGGAGCUGAAGAAUCCGAGUGUUGCAAUCCCUAAAGGCACCAUCAUAGCUGUCAGUUAUACUUUCAUCGUCUACGUCCUGCUCUUUCUCAUGAUCAGCGCUACCUGCGACAGGACCCUGUUGACUCAAGAUUAUGGCUUCUUGCAACGGAUCAACUUAUGGCCACCAUUUGUCACUAUUGGGAUAUACUGCGCCUCACUGUCAGCAGCGAUGUGUGCCAUGAUCGGAGCAUCCCGUAUCCUGCAUGCUCUUGCUCUGGAUCACCUCUUUGGCUUGCCAUUAGCCCCAGCUGCCAUCACAUCACCUUCAGGAAAUCCUUGGGUGGCGGUGCUGUUCACCUGGGGCCUGACACAGUGCGUUGUGUUUGCAGGGGAGCUCAAUGCGAUAGCAGGUUUGGUGACUGUUUUCUACUUACUUGCCUACGCUGCAGUUGACUUGGCCUGUUUGGCGCUUGAGUGGGCAUCAGCUCCAAAUUUCAGACCAACCUUCCAGCUCUUUUCCUGGCACACCUGCCUGCUGGGGAUUGUGAGCUGUUUGGCCAUGAUGUUCGUCAUCAAUCCCGUGUACUCCUCGGGCAGCAUCGUGCUCCUCCUACUGCUGCUGCUUUUCCUCCACUACAGAUCGCCCACUAGCAGCUGGGGCUACAUCAGCCAGGCUCUCAUUUUCCACCAGGUGCGCAAGUAUCUGCUGAUGCUGGAUGUGAGGAAAGACCACGUGAAGUUCUGGAGGCCGCAGGUGUUGUUGAUGGUGGCCAACCCCCGCUCUUCCAGCCAGCUCAUCCUGUUUGUAAAUCAGUUGAAGAAGGGAGGACUGUAUGUGCUGGGUCAUGUGCAGCUGGGAGAUCUGGACACCUUGCCAUCAGAUCCAGUCCAGCAGCAGUACAACUUUUGGAUGAGCCUAGUUGAUAAACUUGGGGUGAAGGCCUUUGUUGACCUGACACUCUCUCCUACUGUCAGACAGGGAACUCAGCAUCUGCUUCGCAUCACAGGCCUAGGCGGCAUGAAGCCCAACAUGCUGAUUUUGGGGUUCUAUGACAGCUGCACUCCUGAGGACUUCCUCCUGCAGGACUCUGCCUUCUGCGACACAGCAGUGGAACGAGGCGGCGAGGAUGAAUUUAAUUUUGGGGUUGACCUGCCUUCACUGCAGGCUCAUUUCCCCCCCGUCCGAGAUGCAGAGAGCCCACGGUGGCUCGCACCAGAGGAAUACGUUGGGAUAAUUUCUGACGCCAUUAAAAUGAACAAGAGCGUGUGCCUGGGUCGGUAUUUCUUCCAGUUAGAGGGAGAAGAUAAAGACAGCAAGGUCGACGGCUCGGAGCGGAUCAUAGACGUGUGGCCGCUCAACCUGCUCCAGCCGGGCAGCCGUGAUUACGAGGACGUGUGCAGCCUCUUUCUGCUGCAGAUGGCCUGCGUACUCAACAUGUCCAACAAAUGGCGGCACGCAAAAAUGAGAAUUUUCCUCAACGUGGGAACCGCUUCCAGCGACCAGGGAUGGAUGGUCAACGAAGAGACCUUUCGAGAGCUGCUGAGGAAGCUGAGGAUCAGGGCGUUGAUAAAGAUCGUGCCGUGGGACUCUGUGGUGCAGCACCACACUCCCACCGCAGAGCCAGCACAAGCUCCGUCCAAGAGCUUCUUGUCAGCAGUGAACCACAUGUUGAUGGAGCACAGCUCACAAGCUACUGUUCGCUUCCUGUAUUUACCUCAACCUCCUUCACACCGCAGCCAGUCACAGGUGUUUCUAGCUCAGCUGGAAGCAGUGACCAAUGAAUUAGGUCCAACGCUUCUAAUUCACGGCGUCACCCCAGUCACGUACACUGACCUCUGAGCAUGUGCGGUGAUGACUUUUUGUUAUCUCAGUACGAUUUGUCAUUGAAAUAGUGUCUUAUCUCAUUGUUCACUUAAACGCGGGUAGCAACGAUGGUCAAGUAGCACUUGAGGUCUUUCAUUUAAAUAUGAUAUUUCCUUAUUUUUAUAUACUUGAACUAUUGAACUGGCUUCAACUGAACCAGGAAUCGGGAGAAUACUUUGCUUUUGUUGAUACAACCUUCUUCUUGCAUUAUCUUCAGGCCUGUCUAAACAAAAACAGGCCAAAGGCUCUUCGUAACAAACGCGCGGGUUGUUUUAAGCUGCGCGGGUUGCCCAGGGCAUUACAUAUAGAAUAUAUCUGCCUAUCAUUUCAGUGAUGAAAUGCUGAGCUUUGGAUUAACAAAAACAAGUGCAGAAUAAAUUCCUCUAGUUCAGUUUCUAAAUGGCAUUGUGUUCUUUUCGUUUGUACUUUUUUUUUGCUGCCUACUUUCGUUCCUUCGCUCUCAUGUUUCUGCUGGUUGCUGGACCAAGAGAUCCAAAGGCGUCUUUUGUUUGGGACCCUGUUUCAUUCAGAUUUGUAUUUAUUUGUUUUUGGGUUUUUUUCUUCAUGUCCUCAUGCCAAUUUAUGAAUUUUUUUCCCAGUGAUAUAAAGGGAAUUGUUAUAGACUUGACAUUAGAAUGAUACAUUUGUUGCUAUUAUUUGUGUUUAUUUAAAAAAAGAAAAAAGUUGAUUGGACUUGGUGCUAGCAGAGCAGACUCUAAAAGUUCAGAAAGGGUUAUUCGGUUACAUUGGAGGUGAUAAAUAAUGAUAACAAUAACGCUGAACAAAUAUAUUUCAUAUAAUCAUAUUUCAGUCUUUCGUGGUGAGGAUGAUAUUUCAGACCAGUAAAGACAAACAAGUUUUCAUCACAUUUUUACAAAAUAUUUAAGUAACCAUAUUUACAACAUGAGAUGUCACAACACACUGAGUUUGUUGUCACUGCUGAAAAAGCAUCAGCGUGUUCUUGUUUGUGCUUGAUGAGAACACUUUUGGACUCUUGUGCACUAAUAUUACUGAAAUUACUGCCACGGACACUGUCUGUUGUCAUCUCUGGAGCUGUUACGUAAAUUAAUAUUUUUGUUGUAACCACUUAUGUGUUCAAACCACAGAAUGUAAUAAAAACAGAUCAAAUCUA